AUGGCAGAGUACUCGAAAGCACUUUCAUUUUACGAAAAAACACUUGAAAUUCAACAAAAAUCUCUGCCUUCAAAUCAUCUUUCAUUGGCUACCUCAUACAACAACAUCGGUAGUGUGCAUGACAAGAUGGGAGAGUACUCAAAAGCACUUUCAUUUUACGAAAAAGCAGUUGAAAUCUAUCAAAGAACUCUCCCUUCAAAUCAACCUCUUUUGGCUAUUUCACACAACAACAUCGGUACUAUGUAUGACAAUAUGGAAGCGUAUUCGGAAGCACUUUCAUCUCAUAAAAAAGCACUUGAAAUCUAUCAAAAAAACUCUUCCUUCAAAUCAUCCUGA